GUGACAAGCUAGCGCGCCAAAGUAGUGCUGACAAAAGAAGCGACCCUUACAUUGAUUUGCUCUUCUCUAGUUAUUUAAACCAACCCGAUAAAGCGCUGCAGACGCUCGGUAGUAAACACAUUCUGUUCUAACGUAUAUCCGGUCAAAACAGCGCGCUCUUACUUACGAUGGGUUUGCUCGAGCGGUGCCAGGAGCUCUUCAACACCUCCAACUUGUAUGAGGUGCUGGGAAUAAACAAAGAGGCGACCGAGGCAGACAUCCGGAGGAGCUACUACAAAGUGUCGCUGAAAGUACACCCGGAUCGGGCUCCUGAAGACCCGCAGGCCACCGAGAAAUUUCAGAUGUUGGGAAAGUUGUAUGCAGUGCUGAGCGACAAGGAGCAGAGGGCUGUGUACGAUGAACAGGGAGUGGUGGAUGAGGAGUCUGAUGUUCUCAGUCAGGACCGAUGCUGGGAAGAAUACUGGAGGCUGCUCUUCCCCAAGAUCACAGUGCAGGACAUUCUCGAGUUCGAGCAGAAAUAUAAAGGGUCUGAGGAGGAGCGGGAGGAUGUGAUCCGGCUUUACGUGCAGCACGAGGGAGACAUGGACGCCAUCACAGCCUCGGCCCUUUGCUGCUCUCAGGAGGACGAGCCCAGGCUGUGCUGCAUCAUCCAGGAUGCGAUCAAAAGCGGGGAAGUGGAAGCCUUCCAAGCUUUUACUCAGGAAAGUGACAAGAAGAAGAAGACUCGCAGGAAGAGGGCUGAUAGAGAGCGACAGGAAGCGGAGGAAAUGCAGAAAGAGAUGGGGCUUGGCGAUAAGGAUGAUAGUCUCGUCAUGAUGCUGAAGCAAAGACAGCAGUCCAGAGAGAAGAAUUUUAACAGUUUCCUGUCAGACAUGGAAGCAAAAUACUCCCAAAAAAGUGCCAAACCCCCAAAAGGAAAAAAGACAAAAAAAUAAACAUAUUUCAGUAGAAAUGAAAACAUGCUGGUUUUCAGUUUGACACAAAUGUAAAUGUCUCCUUAUUCUCCCUGUAAUAUGUUGUAAAAGUUUUCAUGUUAUUAAUAAA